ACGAGCGGGGUAGGCUGCGCGAGAGGCCGAGAGGGGGCAGCAGGCGAUGGCGGCGGCGGCGGCGGGUCGGCUGGGCUGGUUGUUCGCCGCGCUCUGCCUGGGCAACGCCGCGGGGGAGGCGACGCCAGGUCUGCGAGUGUUGGGCUUCUGUCUGGAGGAGGACGGAGGAGCGGUGCGGGCCGCGCCGGAGGCCACCUUCCGCCUGCGCCUCUUCGGCUCCGGGUUCGCCAAUAGCUCUUGGACCUGGGUGGCCCCGAAGGGGUCGGGCUGCCCCGAGAGUGGGUCGACCGCGGCGCCCGAGGAGGAGGCGGGGGCGGCCCCCACGGACGAGUGGCGCGCGCUGCUGUGCCUGCGCUCCGAGACCGUGCGCCCGCACUCGGCGCUGCUAGCUGUGCGCGUGGAGCCGGGCGGCGGGGCGGCUGAGGAGGCGGCGCCACCCUGGGCGCUGGGCUUGGGGGCGGCCGGGCUGCUGGCGCUGGCGGCGCUGGCGCGGGGCCUGCAGCUGAGUGCGCUGGCGCUGGCGCCGGCCGAGGUGCAGGUGCUUCGCGAGAGCGGCUCGGAGGCGGAGCGUGCGGCGGCGCGGCGACUGGAGCCCGCGCGGCGCUGGGCCGGCUGCGCCCUGGGCGCGCUGCUGCUGCUGGCCAGCCUGGCGCAGGCGGCGCUGGCGGUGCUGCUGUACCGCGCAGCCGGCCAGCGCGCCGUGCCCGCCGUGCUGGGCUGCGCGGGGCUGGUGUUCCUAGUGGGCGAGGUGGUGCCGGCCGCCGUGAGCGGGCGCUGGGCGCUGGCGCUGGCGCCGCGCGCGCUCGGCCUCAGCCGCCUGGCGGUGCUGCUCACCUUGCCGGUGGCGCUGCCCGUGGGGCAACUGCUGGAGUUGGCGGCGCGCCCCGGGCGGCUGCGCGAGCGCGUUCUGGAGCUGGCACGCGGCGGUGGCGACCCCUACAGCGACCUCAGCAAGGGCGUGCUGCGCUACCGGACGGUGGAGGACGUGCUCACGCCGCUCGAGGACUGCUUCAUGCUGGACGCCAGCGCCGUGCUGGACUUCGGCGUCCUGGCCAGCAUCAUGCAGAGCGGCCACACGCGCAUCCCCGUGUACGAGGAGGAGCGCUCCAACAUCGUGGACAUGCUCUACCUCAAGGACUUGGCCUUCGUGGACCCGGAAGACUGCACGCCUCUGAGCACCAUUACGCGGUUCUACAACCACCCGCUGCACUUCGUCUUCAACGACACCAAGCUGGACGCCGUCCUGGAGGAGUUCAAGCGAGGGAAGUCCCACCUGGCCAUCGUGCAGAGGGUGAACAACGAGGGGGAGGGAGACCCCUUCUACGAGGUCCUGGGCCUGGUCACCCUGGAGGACGUCAUCGAGGAGAUCAUCAAGUCCGAGAUCCUGGACGAGUCGGAAGACUACCGGGAGACCCUGGCAAGGAAGAGGCCGGCUUCUCUGAGUGCCCCUCUCAAGCGGAAGGAGGAAUUCUCCUUGUUCAAGGUGUCUGAUGAUGAAUAUAAAGUCAAAAUCUCCCCUCAGCUGCUCCUGGCUACCCAGCGCUUCCUUUCCCGAGAGGUGGAAGUGUUCAGCCCGCUGCGGGUCUCCGAGAAAGUCCUGCUGCACCUGCUGAAGCACCCCAGUGUCAACCAGGAAGUGCGGUUUGACGAGAGCAACCGCCUGGCUGCACACCACUACCUGUACCAGCGCAGCCGGCCGGUGGACUACUUCAUUCUCAUCCUGCAGGGCAGAGUUGAGGUGGAGAUUGGGAAAGAGGGCCUGAAGUUCGAGAAUGGGGCCUUCACCUACUAUGGAGUGUCUGCCCUGACGGCGCCGUCCUCGGUUCACCAGUCCCCGGUGUCCUCGCGCUCACCUGCCUGCCGUGACCUGCAGCCCGAGACAGCUGAUGGCACUCGCUCUUCUACGUAUUGUCCUGACUACACCGUGAGGGCCCUGUCUGACCUGCAGCUCAUUAAGGUUACACGGCUGCAGUACCUCAAUGCACUCCUGGCUACCCGAGCCCAGAGCCUGCCACCGUCCCCUGAGAGUGCCAACCUCCAGGUCGUGCCAGGCAGCCAGACCAGGCUCCUCGUUGAGAAGACUGCUGCAGCCGCCCUGUCCCUUGUGUUGGACGACACCGAGCAGUAGACCAGUUGGCAUUUGAAGUAAAACAUGAAGUCCCCGUGUUCCCUUGAAGGCCUUUCAGGAUGGGUUCUCCUAACUGGGGAACAGUUGGUGAAUGGGAAUAAGAUCACAUGCAGGCUGUUCUGGCCGUUCAGGGUUAGGGUUAGGUCACUUGGGCAAGGAGAAUCUGGUCACCAAGGGCCCGGCUCAAAGGUGGAUGACUGCGGGCACAUCAGAAACGAGAAGGGCCCCUGCUGAGGAGGGGGCAGGACAGGCGCUGUCCUGCCGGGGGCUCCGUGGUGGGCAGGAAGACCCGGCCCGCACUGUGAGAGGGCGUGGGAUAGCCAGCCCCACAGUGGAAGGAGGGCUCUGUCGUGUGGGCUGUGGGUUGGAGGAGUAAAAGGGGAGCCUUCCGGUUCUUAUCCUGUAAGACAGUUGCGUCAGGAUGCGCCGGGCCGGGUACCCUGCUUCCUCCCCCGACCCCGCAGCCAGUGAGGAAGACGAGCCCUGUGGGGUGCGUGCCUCGCUGGUCUUACGUCCCCGGUCUCAGGUGGUGGUGGGCACGUCCAUUCUGCAGGUGAGGAGCACGAGUCAGGGCGCAGGUGCCUGGAGAGCCCCUCAGAGAGCAGACCUGCUCACCUAGGCCUGCGCCUCAGAAUCUGACCACACGCUUCUACCAGAAGGGUCCUUUCUGAGUUGGGAGGUGGCAUGCAGGAGUGAUGGGCAGGAGGCCUUCCCCGUGCCGGGGUGAUGGCUCAGCCCCGGGGCUGCAGCUCUGACUGCACGUGAGGCCUUGUUCCUCAGGGCCUCUGGAGGAAGGCAGCCUUUCUGGGGCGCUGCGCCUUCCUGGGCUGACGGGGUCCUGCCUUUACUCCCUGUGAUGGGGUGUCCCCCGUGUGGAAGCUCACGCCGUCGUGUUAGCCUUAGAUCCCAAAAGCCGAGAGGUUUUGCCUUGCUAAAUGUGAGCCUUUGGUUCUGGUUUUCCCCACACUGAGUCCCUCUGCCCAAGGUGCACACCUGGUCCAGGAGUGGCCACGCGCCCUCUCUGCCUCCUUGAUCAAACAUCUCAGAACCUCCAAACCCUCUGUGCCCCAGCUGCUCGUCGGGCAGUCCUGUGAGUCACUUAGAGCAGCUCUGUGGGACGUCUGCUCUCUAACAGAUCCUCCGCUGUUUUGUAGACUUUAUGUUGGUGACUGUCACCUACGUGCAGUCUGACAUUUGCCCCCAGUGAGGCCUGCCUGUCUUUCUGCUCUCUUCUUCCUGGGGUUGUCCCUGAGCACUGGGCACCUCCCUCCCCAGAAGAGCCUAGUGUCGCUGCGCAGGUGGCGACUUCCCUGGGGCCCCACUCAGGGCAGGUGAGAACCAGUCUUUGGAGACUUGGGCUCUCGAACUUUAAAUUGUCUGCAGCAGGGGCAGCAGACUGGUGCGGAGUUGUAACAGACCUGCAGCAUCUAGAAAUGCAGUGCUUUACCGAAGACGUUUCCUGGGCCCCCCAUUUCAGGUUCUGAGUAAAUUCUCCCUGUCAGCCACCUCAGGCACCUGGCUUCCCUGCGGUCCUGCACGCCAGCACCUGGCCCGCGGCGCUGCCCUGGGCCGAGAGGCUUCACUGUUGGGGCUCAACUGCUGUCUCCUCUUUCUUCC